AAACCAGUGACGUACACUAGAAGUCCGAAAAACUUUCAUUUUAUCAUCAUUUAAACACCCUGUAGAACUAAAUAUAUCACCUGAUAUAAUCAUUUAAGUAGAUUUUUCCAGAAUAAUAUACAAUAUAUAAACGAACCCCAAUACGCCAUUGUGUUAAAAUAAACCGGGAAAGUGUAAUGUCAUAAGUUAGUAACAAGAUGUAGUUUAUGUGAUUUAUUUUUAACAUUAAUUUUAGUUAAAAAAAGUGAUUGUGUUAGUUUUUUAGUGUUUUUUGGAAAAAUAGAAGUUUAAAUCUAUACAAGAACAUGUAAAAAAAAACAAAAUGGUUGCCGAAAUAAAAUCCAUCGAUCAACUAAUAAACGAAGCUAAAACGGCUUUUCGUCAACAAUUUAAAGACGAACCCAAUGUCGCAGUUUACGCGCCUGGUAGAGUGAAUUUGAUUGGCGAACAUACUGAUUACAAUGAUGGGUUCGUUAUGCCAAUGGCACUACCUUUAGUUACCGUCAUCGUAGGUAAAAAAAUGACAGGAAAUGACGUAACUAUUUAUACCACGUUCGAUUUUGAAAACGAAGAAAAACAAACAACUUUCGAAUUACCACAACCUACGGCUUUAAUUAGAGCAAUAAAUAAAGACGGACCAAAAUGGGCAGUAUACGUAAAAGGAGUUAUAGCGAAUUAUAUAGGAAAUAUACCAUCAGCUUUUAAUGCCGUAAUUCACUCGAGUGUACCUUUAGGAGGCGGUCUUUCUAGCAGUGCAGCACUCGAAGUUGCCACUUAUACAUUUUUAGAUCAAUUGACAUCAAGUAAAACCAAAGUAUCUGUUAAUGACAAGGCAUUAGCAUGUCAGAAAGCGGAACACGAGUAUGCCGGUGUUCCGUGCGGAAUAAUGGAUCAGUUUAUAUCUUUUAUGGGUAAAGAAGGUCACGCUUUAUUAAUUGAUUGCAGACAUCUUACGUCGAUUUUGAUACCGUUUUCAGAUCAAAACGUCGUUAUACUUAUAACGAAUUCGAACGUCAAACAUGAACUCACCGGAAGUGAAUAUUCGUCGAGACGAAAACAAUGCGAAGAGGCGGCCAUGUUACUCAAAAAAGUCAGUUUGAGGGACGCCAAUAUGGACGACAUUAAAUGGGAACAAGAAAAAGCAAUGGAUAAGGAAUUAAGGAGAGCGUACAAAUCAAAUUUAUCGUUGACUGUCGUUAUCGAGGAUUUAAAAGAGCAGCUUAAAAAACAAAGAAAAGAACUCGAAGAACAACUUGACGAGAAAUUGAAAAUUGUUGAAAUGUACAACGAAAAGAUACAAAAUGUUAGGGAAAACUUCGAGCUAGAAAUGGGUAGAACCCUACGAGAUUCCGAAAAAGAAAUGAUGUACAAGACUUUGGAAAGCGAAGAAAAACAACACGUUUUAGCGGAAGAAGCGGAAAAGAUUGUAAAACAUUACGAAGACGUGCUUCGAACGAAUUUGCAACAAGAAGACAGUUCGAGAGCUAAACGUUCCAAAAUCGAAACGCAACUACAGAAUUGGAUAAAUACAUUCGAUCAAGAUAUCGGCGAAAAACAGGCGCAGUUCGAUCUACUCCAAGAAGAAUACGACAAAAAGAAAGCGGAAAUAGAUGAAGUUCAAAAAAUAAUAGACGAACAAGAAGAGGAAUACGAUAUACUGAUGGCCGAAAAAGAAGAAGAAGAGGAACGGUUAUUCAAUGAAAUGGCUUACCAAUUCUUCUUAGAUAGAUCAGCUAGAAAAAUCCAAAAGUAUUGGCGGGCUUAUAUGGAAAAGAAAGCCUCUAGAAAAAAGAAAGGCAAAAAGAAGAAAUAAAA